CUUGCUCUGUUUUCUCCUCCUCCUCCUCCUCCUCCUCCUCUGCCUUCUCUGCCUUCUCCUCCAGGGCCAUCUCCUCAGCUCCACAGCACAUCCCGCCCGGAGCAGUUCUGGGGGCCAGGAGGCCAUGGGGGGGCCACCCCCGGGCUUCCGGCCCUCAGGCUGGGUCCACUUGCUCCACCAGGUACCCCACACCAACUUUCAGCUCCGACCUGUGGCCAGCACCUUUGCCCCCCAGGAACAGGACUACCAGCAGGCCUUGCUGCUGGUGGCAGCUUUGGCUGGGCUGGGCCUGGCUGUGAACCUGCUUGUUCUGGGACUCUAUCUGCUGCGAUCAUGCUGUCGCUGCCGCAGGCCCAAGUCUGGUCCUCCCGAGGCCUCUGGCUCUCCAGAUGGAGGAGGCUGUGUCACCUGGAGCUGUGUGGCUGCCCUUCUUCUCGGCUGCGCUGGUAUCGGGCUCGGUUUCUAUGGCAACAGUGAGACCAGUGAUGGGGUGUCCCAGCUCAGCUUCUCCCUCCUGCAUGCCAACCAUACGCUCAGCUCUAUCGACCGGCUGGUUUCAGAAACAGUGGAACGCCUGGGCUCAGCAGUUAGGUCUGAGCUGACAACUCUGGAGGAAGUGAUGGCCCCAAGGACAGAGCUGGUGGCAGCUGCCCGGGGUGCCCGGAGGCAGGCUGAAGCUGUGGCCCAGCAGCUGGGGGAACUGGCUUUCUGGAGGGGUGUGCCCCUGAGCCCAAUUCGGGUGGCUGAAAGUGUCUCCUUUGUGGAGGAGUACAGGUGGUUGGCAUACAUUCUCCUCCUGCUCCUUGAUCUCCUUGUCUGCCUCUUUACUCUCCUUGGGCUUGCUAAGCAAAGCAAAUGGCUUGUGAUUGUCAUGACAGUCAUGAGCCUGCUGGUUCUCGUGCUGAGCUGGGGAUCCAUGGGGCUAGAGGCAGCUGCUGCUGUGGGUCUCAGUGAUUUUUGCUCCAGUCCUGAUCCCUAUGUCUUGAACCUGACUAGGGAAGAAACUGGCCUAAAUCCAGAAAUCCUCCACUAUUACUUCCUCUGCAACCAGGUGGUUUCCAAUCCCUUCCAAGAGAGGCUGACCUUGUCCCAGAGAUCUCUGGCUAGCAUCUACUCCCAGCUCCAGGGCCUGGAACGAGAGGCAGUUCCCCAGUUCCCGGCAGCCCAGAAGCCGCUGUUGGCCCUGGAAGAGAUGCUGAAUGUGACGGAGGGGAACUUCCACCAGCUGGUGGCGCUGUUACACUGCCGAGGGUUGCACAAGGACUAUGGGGCAGCAUUGCGGGGCUUGUGUGAGGACUCCAUGGAGGGCCUCCUCUUCCUGCUCCUCUUCUCCCUGCUGUCCGCCUUGGCUCUGGCCACGGCUUUGUGCAGCCUGCCUGGUGCCUGGGCCCACUUCCCACCCAGGAAUCCAAACGCUUUGUCCAAUGGCAGUCGUCCAUCUGAGACUCCCCCCUUGGGCUGGGUCUGCUACCCCCACCUCUGGAUUCUUCUAGCUAUGAUGACUAACACUGCCACACUCUGCCUGGCUCAGGAGAGGCCGAGUCAUUCUUUCUACCCUGGGGAAAUGACCAGAAGAUAGUUCCCUGUCCUCUCUAACCAACAUUCAAGGCUCAGGCCCAGGGAUCCCAGCCAGGAUGAAAGCCAGGAAGCUCAGGGCCCUCCUAGGAGCAGCUACCAUGGAGAACCUCCCCUUGGCCCAUUUCUUGGCCCAGCUGCCCUGGGUCCAGAGCUCCUUGUGCUUAGAACCAGCACCACUAACUCAGAUUUGAAAUAAAAAAGAAGACUUUAUUUUA